GCUUCCUUGCAUUUACCAGAUUUUAUUUUUUGCUCUAUUAGUUUUGGGUAAUAGAAUCGAUUGGCGAUUGAUAUUGAAAAGCUUGCGACAAACUUCAUCAAAAUAUCAAAUAAUUGUUUUGAGACUUUCAAAAACAAAGUGCAUGUUGAAAAGUAUCUUCUUGCAAGGAGUGGCAUGUGUAACAUGGACCAAGGCUCAGCCAAGGUGUGCAGACCUUUGGGAAUUCAAUCACUCACUUACUAUGCAAAAGGCUCCAGAAGUAGCUAGAGGUAUGUAGAUUGACAUUGUUGUGUAGCUGAUCUGGCUUGGUGCCAAGACUAGGCUCGUUGUGGAGCCACCAUAGGCUCGAAUGAAGAAGUGCCUCAGACAUCGAGGUCUCGCAAGACAUGAUUAGAGUGGCAAGUUGGGUUUAUGCUGUGGGAAUUUAGAUUAGACCUUCAAGGAAACUUGGAGGUGCAUUGCACUGCGACUAACAGAGGCAUGACAGCCAUAGUGCAAAACUCCUUGAGAAGAAUCUGGAGCUCCAGGUGUGGAUGCACCCUUAAGCAAGUUCUUGGUGCUGAUGAUGGGAUGAGCCUCUUCUGCAAAAGAUAUCAUAACCUAAAGAUCUCUGUGGGGAAAGAAACUGUAGAGACUUGUUGCACUGAUUUAAGGCUGCCCAACUCCAGAAGUAGACCAAGUUACUAUUGCAGACAUGUAUUUGCAUGAUGACAAUUUUAGUGGAAAACAAAUUGGAAGGAGAACUUCUGUGUGCACUGUGCAAUGACCUCUAAUUGGGAGAAGUUGAAAGAAGAACUCAAACACCAAUUCUUGCUUGUAAACAUCGCAUGACAAACCUGUGAAGCACUUUGGUGGUUGUCACAGACCGACUCUAUUCAAGACUACAUCAAGGUCUUCUUUGGGCGCUUGCUUGAGGGUUUUUCAUCAGCAAGCAUGUCAAGGAAAUUGAAUAGGGGUUUCAAGCAAAUUUCUCCAGGCGUAUUCUAUGGAUCACCACUUGGUGCACCUGCUAAAAAUCCACAUCAAUUGUUGAGAUUAUUGAAUGAUACUGGUGAUCUUAGCAAAAGGACUGAGCUGAUCAUAAGGAGGGGUGUUUGGCUUACUUUUCCAAGACAAGAUGAUGCAAUCAAAUUUGCUGAUAGCCAUGAAGAUGUUUCUGUUUUUAGUUAUCAGGAUCAUUUAAGUGGACAAAGGAGGUUUCUUGUGUCAUCCUAUGAGGAGUUUUGGCAAAGAUACUCGAGCAUGGAUUCAAAAUUUCGUCAUCAUUAUGAAGUAAUUCAAGGGGGUUUGCCUUGCCACCUGUACUUUGAUUUGGAGUUUAAUACACAAGUGAAUAGAGAGCAUAAUGGUGUGCAUAUGGUUGAUCUUUUAGUGUCUUUUAUUUUUGAAGUCAUCCAUGACACAUAUGGUAUCUGCUGCAAGCAUGACUGGGUUGUGGAGCUUGAUUCUUCCACCCAAGGAAUAAAAAUUGAUUUUCUUGAUAUUCUUCCAGAGAAAUUUUCACGCCAUCUGAUUAUUCGUAUACCAUAUGUUGCCUUUAAAGACAACUCUCAUGUCGGAGCAUUUGUUGCUGAGGUGUGCUCACGAAUUACCUGUGAGAAACUCAAGGAUCCAAGAUUUAAUCAACUGUAUGUUGCAAAAGAUGCAAAUUCAUCUGAAUCUUCGACUCAGCUUUUCUUGGAUAAAUCUGUUUAUUCUCGUAAUCGAUGUUUUCGCUUACCAUUCUCUUCAAAGGCAGGGAAACAGUCAGUGCUGCUGCCUACUGGCCGUUUCAAAUGCAAUAAUUUGAGCAAGCAACAGAUAUUUAUGGAGUCCUUGAUAUGUCGAAUGGAUGUCAACUGUAAGGAGUUACUCACUUUUAAUUUGGAGGAAAACAGUAACCGUGAACCAGCUUCAUAUAUUUCACAAGAGUUAACGGCUUGCCAUUUCACAACUGAUAUGCCUAAGGAACACUUGUCAGGGAAGUCACCUUUUAUAUCAUUGGACAGAUUUAUUGAGUCUAUGGUAUCUAACAGCAGCGUCCAUGGAUGGAUACGGAGCUGGUAUUGGUUUUCAGAUUAUGAUUUGAUGGUUUACAACAUUGCUGGAAAUAGAUUCUGUGAAAGAAUAGGUAGACAGCAUAAAAGUAACCAUGUGAUGUAUGUUGUGGAUUUCAGAAGGUCUUGCUACUACCAGAAGUGCCAUGAUCCUGAGUGCCGGGGUUAUCGUUCUCCUAUGCACCCACUACCUUAUGAUGUGAUCCCCCGUAGCCUCAAUAGUUUCAACACGAUUCAAGGCAAUAUAAAGGAAGAAACAGCAAAUAACAAUUUCAAUUUACAACUCAGUGAAACAGAUGAAAAGCCAUUUUCAUCCAUUCCAAACACUGACAGUAUCAAAAGGGACAGUGCAUGGUGGCAGGAAGUUGUCCAAAAGGUGGACGAUGUUGAAAGUUUAAGGAGAAUUCUUGAUUUUACCGAGCUGGACUUGGGCAGAUUUGCUGAAAAUAGCUAGUGUUUCCUGACCAAAACCUACUGAAAGUUGUAGAGUGUCUUCUUGGUGGGAGCUGACAAUGGAAGCCAACUGAGAUCAGGUCACUUGGUGUCCAUACAAUACGCGAGGGCUGCAUGUAUUUCCAUGGCAUGAUCGUCAGUGUACUGAUGAUCAUGCACUAACUAUGAAAUGAGAACCAGUUGAACUUUCUAGUUAAAUACGUUAGCCCCUUUUAUUUUAUAGGGAUGAAGAACUUAUGAGCUUCACAUGUUUUCAUUUUUAACACAAGGAAACCACAUCGAACAUGUGACUUAGUUGUA